UAAAUAGAUAACCAAGCAAGCAAGUAAGCAUGCAAAUUCAAACUCAUGCUUUCUAAAUGCUAGCUGCGCCUAGUUUGCUACCAAACUCAUUAUACAAUGAACCCCACCAAGAUUUAAUGCCAUUUUUCACAAUGGAAAUCCUUUAUUGGCUCUUUCCAAACUCUCGUUUCUUUUCUCUGCUACUUACAGUACCUACCACCUCCCCAACCAUCACCAGCCACGCUCCUUUAAUGCUCUAUCCCAGUUAAAUACUUGCAUGUUUCUUUUUCAUUUUGCCUUGCUCAUUUCUUCUUCUUUUUUCUCUAGCGAAGUUAAAAAAUAUGGCAACAGCCGCUUCUUUCAAUCAAAUUUCAAAGACAGUUUGUGUAAUGGAUGCUUCUGGGUGUUUAGGUUCUUCCAUCGUGCACAGGCUCUUACAGAGAGGUUACAGUGUCCAUGCUGCUGUCCAAAACCAUGGUAAAUUAUGGCAAUCAUUUGAAGGAUUAUCCUGCAACAAGAAGAACUUGAAAAUUUUCCAUUCCGACCCUUUUGAUUACCACAGCAUAAUGGAUGCCUUGAAGGGAUGCUGUGGCUUGUUUUAUUCCUUUGAGCCCCCCUCAGAUCAACCCACCUAUGAUGAAUUCAUGGCUGAUGUAGAGGUGAGGGCAGCACACAAUGUAUUGGAAGCAUGUGCACAAACAAACACUAUAGACAAAGUUGUCUUCACUUCCUCUGCAACAACUGUUAUAUGGAAUGACAGUCACAGAAAGGCACCUGAUCUUGAUGAGAGAAAUUGGAGUGACCUAAAUUUCUGCAGAAAGUUUAAGCUAUGGCAAGCACUAUCAAAAACGCUAGCUGAGAAGACAGCAUGGGCUCUAGCAAUGGACCGAAGCAUCAACAUGGUAACCGUAAAUGGAGGGCUCUUGAUGAGUCCUGAUCUAACAAUCUCAAAUCCUUAUUUAAAAGGAGCAGCUGAAAUGUAUGAAGAUGGUGUGUUUGUUACUGUGGACCUCAGGUUCAUUGUGGACACACACAUCCAUGUGUUUGAAGACGCUACAUCUUAUGGAAGAUAUCUCUGCUUCAACCAUGUCAUCAAAUGCAACGGAGAUGCUGUUAAGCUCGCUAACAUGCUGUUGCCACCCUCCGAAUCUUCACUUCCUCAGAGUUUGGAAGAUACAAGAAUCCACCAACAAAGGAUAAGCAAUAAGAAACUAAACAAGCUAAUGGUGGACUUUGACACUAAACUUCGAGUUGAUUGAUUGCAGCACAGAUGGGCAAGCAAAUAAUAACUUCAUCUGCGCUCCCAUUUUUUUUUCCUUAGUAGAUAGAGAUGUAAUGUUCUUUACUGUUACAUUUUCUAGGUUAAAAUGAGCUUCCACUGAUUGGAGGCUGCAUAUUCUGUGUAGAGUCCUUGUUUCUGGCAAGGAAAUACUUGUACCUUGCCAUUUGAUUUUAUGUCGAGUUCAUCUACAAUGGUUUAACAACUCAAAAUUCUUUAGGCA